AUGUCUGAGGCACCGUCCUGCCCGGACAAUGAGACCCCUGCCCCAGACUGCAGGCUGGGGGCCCUGUACUGGGCCUGUGUGCGUAACGACUCCGCCCAGCUGCAAGCUGUGCUGCACGACGGGGUCUCCCCAGAGGAGGCCGCCCAGGUGGACGGCAAUGGGAGGACAGGCCUCAUGGUUGCAUGCUGCCGCGGCUUCGGGAGCGUGGUGGCCCUGCUCAGCCGCUGCCCGUUCCUGGACUUCCUGGACGUGAACCGACAGGACAAAGAAGGCGACACCGCCCUCAUGCUGGCUGCCCAAGCAGGCCACGCGCCUCUGGUGAGUCUCCUGCUCAACUACUACGCGGGCCUGGACUUGGAGCGCCGCGACCAGCGGGGGCUGACGGCGCUGAUGAAGGCCGCCGAUGAUGGGACCGCGCCGAGUGCUGACCUGACAGCAGUGGAUCCUGUGCGGGGCAAGACGGCCCUGGAGUGGGCGGUGCUGACCGACAGCUUCGACACCGCGCAAAGGAUCCGGCAGCUGCGGCGGCGGCCCCGAGCGGAGCAGCUCAGCCGGCAUUACCAGCCGGAGUGGCCGGCCCUGCCCCGGCUCCAGGGUGCCCCAUCUCUCCUAGAGAGAUUACAGGCCACCUUGAGCCUCCCCUUUGCCCAGUCUCCUCAGGACGGGGGUGUCCUGGACCACCUUGUGACCGUCACGACCAGCCUAGCCAGUCCCUUCCUCACCACUGCCUGCCACACUCUGUGCCCUGACCGCCCACCUGCACUUGGGACCCGAAGCAAGUCUGUGCCAGAGCUGCUAGGCACGGCUCCUCCCCCGCCCCCACGCCCCCAGCCUCCACAGGUAGUCCCUGGCCCCCGGGUCCUCAUCCCUUACCAGAGUCCUCAAGGUGUGUUGAGUAUGUGCCCUCAGUGGCUACAGCCCAGGGACAGUUCCAGCCCCAAGCCCCAAGUCCCCAAGAUCCUCCUCUCCAAGGCGCCCUCACCCCCCAGCCAGUGUGAGCCAGAGCCCAGGCCUGCAGGGCAUCGCAGGCUGGCCCUUCCUGUCUGGCGAUACCAGGAGCUCAGGAUGCAGAGGAGGAUGCAGGAGAAGGAGGCCGGGGGUGCACAGAGCCAGGGGAAGGCGGGCUAG